UGCGAAUUUGCAACAUUCUCAGAGGGUUCCGACAUCGUCUUUUUUCGCGGUUGGCGGCUUUCAUCAUGUCGCAGGACCGGGGGAAGGAUCCGGUAGACUCGCUCACGACCGCCCGACAAGGUCAUAACACGAAGACGUUUGACUCGCCGUUCAAGGUCGACCCGAAAAUCGACGGCAAGAGGGACGACCCGGUGUGGCAUUUCGUAGCCAGAGGGCGUUAUUUAGAUGGGUCGACGGUGGCGGGUAGGAAGUGCAGUCAUCGAUGCCUUUGCAGGUUGUGCGGGCGUUCGAUUUGUGGGGGCGCUAAAGCCACCAAGGAGAACUUCUCGAAGAGCGAGAAGUUCCGAUGUGAGGCAGCCACUCCUGCUGUGUGGUAUGCGAUCUGGUCGAAGGACAUGACAAAAUGUCCGAAGGAGUUCGCGUCGGCCAUAGAAACGUUGCAGAGCUUAUUGCCAGGCCAUCCGAGCUUGCAGUGGCCACCUCUUCGAUUCCCCGAGGAUGCAGUGCCGCCGCUGGUUCCUCCCACCGCCCCUUCAGGAGCGGUCGCAUCGCCCAAUUCUGGGACUCCGACCAUUCGAGUCACGGUACCGCGUCCUGCAUCAACAGUUGCAACACGACCGGCAGCCCCGCCGUCUGCGCCGCUGGCUGGGACACGAGGUGCUCGCGAUGUGGGAGUUGGUCGUUCCACGACAGCCAACGAGCCCCCGCCUGUGGGGGGUGGUGUGGGCUCUGCGGCAUUUGACGAGGCGAGCACCCGUGCAUUUAUUGAGAGUCGCAGGUGGGGGGGGAGUGCCGGCAGUUCAGCGCCCGCGCUCGCCCCUGUUUUCAGGAGUGCUAGGCAGUCAGAUGCCGCACGGGGUGGUACUGCGGUGGCACCUGGUGCAUCGCCCCGCAGUUCGUCAGAGCACCCCUGGCUGCCACUGCCACCGUCGAGAGCGGCACAGCGUCCAGUGGUCCACCACGCUCACGGAACCGCCCACCCGGAUCCGUCACACGCGCCUGCAGAUGCUCGACAAUCUGCCUUCGUGCCUCGUUUUGGGGAACAGGUGGAUUAUGGGGUGUCUGCCGAGGAGGUCCGCGCUCCGGUGUCCGAUUCAUCGCCGACCCCUAUUUCGACAACCACGGCCGGUGGUCGGUCUGCCCCACAGCCUCCACCCGUGUUGACCGGAUCGUUAGACCCGUUGCAGCGCAUUCGUGACCUUGCAGUCGCCCAGAGCGCGGCACCUGUGAGCCCUGGUGGGUUUUUGGAUGCUGGGGUCCUCGGCGAGAAAGCUACGACGGGACGAUGUCGGGGCACUUACAGGCAGCAAGCCGUCACGUCAUAUUAUUCGGACCCUUUGGAGCGCGCGUGGCAUCUGCAAAUCAUGCGGUUCAUCGUUGAGAGCGGGAUGCCGUUCAACAGCACGAAGCUUGAAAGCUUCAAACGCAUGUUCACGAUGAUAAUCCCGUCGGGGGUUCCUGGGGCGCCCGCACCUAGACUUCCCUCCUACCACAUGCUGCGCACGACCCUUUUGGACGAGUUGGAUGGUGAGGUCCAAAAGUGUGUUCGGCCGGUGCUUGACACGUCGAGAGAGACCGGUUGCACAAUCAUGAYCGAUGGUUGGAYYAACAUCCGUGGUCAGACGUUGUGCAACUACCUYRUUGGUACAGAGAUCGGGGUGGUGUAUGUGUCCACCGACGUCAUGCGCGGCAAAAAGGACGCCAGUGCCCUCGCGAACGCAUGGUUGAAAAGGGUGAAGUCCAUGGACAUUCAAUUGAGCGACAUCACGACGUUCAUGACGGACUCCACCGGGGUGAACGUGGCGGCGAUGGAGGUAUUCCAAAAAGAUGAGAGCGUGAAACACAUCUUCUGGAUUCCUUGCGUCGCCCACAUCAUGGACCUCAUUCUCGAGGACAUCGGCGGGAUUGAUUGGGUGGYUUCCCKCAUUGCGCAAGCGAGGCUGGUUACAMGGUUCUUCAAGCGCCAUGGACAUGCGAGAGCGGUUCUUGAGGCGCACCCGACGAAGACUCUUCUACUACCGGCGGAGACACGUUUCGGCACGAAGGUCAUCAUGAUGACGAGGCUGGUGGAACUGCGGGCAGCUUUGACAAAUGUUGUGGGCGACGAUCGCUGGCGYGAGACUGUUUGGUCGACCAGCAAGAUCCGYAAGGACGCMGCGGAGGUCACUGCGUGUAUCGGCUCCCCUCCAUGGUGGGAGGAUUUGAGAGCUCUWUGCAAGAUSCUMGAGCCCAUMAUGGACAUGYUGARGUUGGUGGAYARCGACACACGCCARAUCAGCAAGAUUCUGCGACRKUACGAGGAGAUGAUUGCRUCUUGUUUAUCYGCAUGUCGUGACAUUGAUCGGGASCAGCAGGACGCUAUUGUYGAGGUKUUCCWCARGCGGCGCACCAUGUUCAAGACCCCCRCCCACACGGCAGCCAUGCUGCUAGAUCCAGAGUUCCGGAACACGAUGCUGUGUGACGAUGCGGAGGCCGUGGAGGACGAGGCAGCCGUGGACCAGCAGCUCGUCAGAGGCACCGAUGCGCUGGCGAAGGUGACCGAGGAGGAGUUGAGCCUCGCCAAAGAGAGGAUGCGCGCCGUUUCCCGCAUGGGAGCCGAGUGUCGGGUGGCGGAGUCGGACAGGAGGCGACGCAGGGCCGGUGGUCGGGGACGUGGCGGCCGUGGACGAGCAGGUGUCGGAGGACGUACACGUGGCGAUGCGGGUUCCGCUCCUCGGACUCGGCGACAGCGGACGGAUGGUUGCAUUCGCAGGGCCCGCAUGCGUUGGGACGAGGGUGACUUCUUGUUCGACAGCACAUCCAGCGACGACGACGAUUUCUUUGCGGUUGACGAGCGUGUGGACGACGAUGUUAUGCUCGGUGGUCGCUUCGUUUUGAAGCGGUUGAGACACGGGGGCAGACGGGAUGACAGUGUUGCGUCUUGUGUACGCAGACGUCAUGUCCACAUUGCGAUCGACACGGGGGCACGUGACAUGCGGCAGGACCCGGUUGCCGUGUCAGAGGACGAGAUGGGAGAUCCUUCCAACGAGACACGGCGUGACCCGGUUCAUGGAGAGGAGUUAGCCUCGAACACCGAUGUGAUGGUGACGGAGGAGGAUACAGGGUUCAGGAUCACUCAUCCCCGGUUGCCAGCGCCGGUUGUUGGCACUGAGGAGGAGACGGAGUUCGGAGGACCCGGUCCACUCCGCCAGGCGCAGACUCGGUGCACUCCAGCAGGCGCCCCAGUCCACUCUACAGGAGCGGGUUUGGAGGACGGUGAGGCACGACGUGAGCCGCCUCCUCACACGAGUGACGGCGGUCUAGAGGAUGGAGAGGUUGCACCUACUCCCACUUGUGGACAGGACGGGGAGGACGAACGUCCUCCGACGGACCACCACGUCGGCCUCGACUGCCCGCCCGACAGUCUUCCGCCCACCGACGAGCUAUUCACCAUGGAUUCCGCCUUGGCAUCUCUGCCCGAUAUAUCGCUACUGAUAUCUCCCACUUUGCCGGUUGUGGCACCACCGGAGCCUGCUGGACGAGAUGACGCGCGUUGUGACAGAGGGUUCGACGAGUUCGGCGGCGACACGAUACUGCAUCCUCCAGAGUCCGGCACUCCCGCCAUUUUUCAUGUCGGUGCACCGUGGGCGGUGGAGCAGGGGUUGGCAGAGGAGGUGGCACGGAACCGUCGUGGCGGACUGCACGUCGCAACGCAACGUAGUCUGGAAGGUUCACUAGAGGCAGCGUCUGGAGAUUUUUCGGUGCAGGGGGGUCAUGGUUCGCAGCUGUUAUCGGACGGUGUGUCAUCAGUCCAUCCACCAGACGAGGGCCCGCAGCGAGAGCCACAUCGAGGCCCAGCGGAGAGUUUAGAGGCGAGGCCUCCCGGAGUUAUCCGCUCGGACGGAGGCGAGAGCGCUGCGCAGAGCGCAUUGCCUGCGAGGUCUUUCUACGACGGUGCGGGCAUGGACCGGAGGGCGGGCAAUAUUGGACAGACAUCAGCAUGCGGACCGGCAGAUGUGCCCGCGGGGGCUCGAUCGAUCGGCAACGUCGAUGGCACUUGUCACGAUUCCAUGAGAGCUUACGAGGAGCAGCAUGGGAGGCCUAUACGGGCCAAGACGACCGAUGUCAACGACACCUGGACGGCAACUGCGAGGCUGUCACGGGCGAGGAAGAAGGGAACAGGUCUGUCGAUUCCAUAUCACCGGCGCCGCCCGCAUCAUUUUUUCCGCAAUAGGGACGAGACCAGACAGAUGCCAGCUGCCGCAGAUGGACAGGGGGGCCCGGAGGGAGGUGACAGAGUGGACGAAUCAGGUCGAGGUGAGAAGAGACGAGGCGACACGAUCAUCAUUCACGACGACAACUCCACAGCCGCUGAGGGCGGUGAGACCACAGGCGCCGACGAUCCUGAUGACUCCGAUUACGUCCCGAGGAUCCGGACGGCGGACGGAGAUGACGGCCGAGGUCGUCGCGUGAGGAUGAGAACUGGACCUGGCCCAGAAGGUCAUUGCACCCCAGCGGCACAUUUGUCGUCUAUUGAUCCAGAUCCUUCCAAUAAUGGCAAUAAUUCGCUUCAGCGAGGAAGCCGGCAUGAUCUAUUGCGAUUUUGCUGAACUUCUCAUACGUCAUCCCCUCUUCCUUUGUGUCGGGAUAGAGUUGCGUUCUCAGGAGAUCCGGGAGUGCUCGUGCAAAACUGUUUA